AACAACAACAAUCAUGGCGGACCGCCUGUCGCAGCUUCAAGAUGCAGUUAACAUGUUACUGACCAGUAGCAGCAGUGGUAUAGUGUCUCCUUGUAUUAUCGAAAAAGAAAUGAGGUUAAAAAUAUGGUACAUAUUGUUUCAAAGGAAAAGACAGACUAGAGUAUCAUUACAGGAAGACUAGAUCCUCAUUUUAUUGUUGAUGAUAAUGAUAUUGCAUGCGUAACUUCUCACCUGUAAAAUAAUUUUGACAAAAGUGCUGUCAUUAGUUUUGAUAUAUGUUAAACAAUUAAAACCAGUUUCAGAUCAUUAGUAUGGAGAAGAGGAAUAGUUAUCAGGAAUGUGACUUGUUAGAUAUGCUAGAUCAGAAUUAUAACAUCAGCAUGGUCUUGAGUGUAGAUGUAAUAAUCUAAUUCUGAUAUGGAUUCCCAUAACAAGAUUCAUAGAUGGAAUUCCUGCAGAAAAAGUGAGUUAGUCAAGCAAGCAGAGAACCUUUAUAAUAGCAUAGGCUGUUUGUUUAAUUCAGCACCACCAUGUAGCUUUGAUAAAAGUGGCAAGACUCCUUCACAAAAUGAAAAUCCUGAUGAUAUGACUGAACACAAGAGAGUCUUUGCCACUCUCAUUGCUCGAAAUGCUAAGGAUAUAGAUGUAUUAAUUGAAAGUCUUCCAUCUGAAGACUCUUCAGCUGAACUUCAGACAGCCAACAUGAGGGUGCUAGAGCAGGAAGGUGAAGAAGCUGCUCUGAAGCUCCAACGUGGCAUUGAUCGAGGAGACAAGUUACUUGAGGAGAUCAACAGAGCUCUCAAUGAAAUUGCCAACACACAGUUGGCUAUCAACCGCAUCACAGAUGCUUCACAGGGUGAUGCAAUUAAGAUAUGAAUCUUUGGUAUUAGAUUUUGAAUAGAUACCCAUUUUUACAAAUAAAAAAGCCUUCCAAACUAGGAAGUCACAGCAUUCCUGUUAAGGCACUGCUCUUAUUUGAAAAUGAAAAUGAGCUUUAUUACUAUAAGUUUGUUGAUGAAGUUUAUCACAAAAACAGGUCAGCAUUGGUAAAGGAGACAAAUUACUUGAGGAGCUUAAUAAAGCUCUCAGUAAAUUCCUAACUCCCAUUUAAAUAUCAGUUGCUUCACAUAUACUGCAUGGCUAAUGCAAAGAUAUGAGUCUUGGUGUUAGAUUUUGAGAAGAUACCUUUGAUAAAUACAAAGGAGCCUUCCAAAUUGACAUGUACAACUUUAGUCUUAGCUAUUGCUUCUACAUCAGAGUGAAAACAGAGUUUACCAAAAAAUAGAAUGGUAUUGAUAAGCUCAAUAAAACUCAUUGUUAAAGCACUGAUACUCUGCCAUGCAUUACAUCACAGACAUAUCAUAGAGUGAUGCAGUUAAGCUAUCAUCUUUUGGUAUUAGAAUUUUAGGAGAUACCCAUUUUCAUAAGCAAAAUGGCUUUCCAGUAUUGGCAGGGACAACUUUCCAUACUAAGAAUUUCUUCUACUUCAGAAUGAAAAAGACCUUUGUGACAUGUGAAUUUGUCUUGGAGGUUUGUCACAAAAUGGGUCAGUGGGUUCCUAACCCAAUGCCACUAAGGCUGGUAUGUACAAAAAUGCCCUGCCCAUUGUGAGUCUGGGUUAUUAAUUGUCUUUAUACAUAGAUGACUCCACAAAUACUUAGUCACCAAUGAAUCAGUUACUAGGACUAUGUAUCUCCCAUUUACUCUUUUCCUUGACUUCUAGAAAUAUUUUCUUUCACCCUAUAUUGCUACUAGUAAUGUGGAAUCGUCUAUAUGUAGAGACAUUUCACUGAAGUGAACACUACAUUUUCCCAGUAUCCUUGGGUUAAGGAAAUCAACAGAGGUCCCAGUUGACAAUGGCUAGUUAGCCGUCACUCCCAGCAGUGGAUAUUUUGCAAGUAGGAGUCUUCUGAUAUUAGAUUUUGAGAAAAUAACCACUUUUCAAAAGUGGAAGAGCCUUCCAAUCUUGGCAGGAACCCCUUUUCAGUUUAGGACAUUGCUUCCAAUUCAAAAUUAAAUGAAACUUUGUUAAGUAAGUUUCUCCAUGUUAGCCACUUUUUUUUAUACUAGAGGUUAGAUAGUGGAAUUUUCUGGCAUUUAUCAUAUUGUAAGAAUAUUCUAAGGAUUCAUUGAAGGAUUGCAUAUAUAUAGAAAUACUAUUAGCAGUAUGCAUACAGCAGGAAUGUUUAUAUUUUUGCAUUUUUUUAAUAAUAAAAAAGUAUAUAUAUAUAUAUACUGUUACAGUUGAAUGUAUUUUUAUGUCUGUUCACUUAUUUAUUCAUGUAAUGGUGAUGAUUAUUUCUAAUGUUACUUGUAGUUAGAAUAAAAUUAAGUCACAGAUUGGGUUAGAAAACUGACUAAUAAUAUUGGUAUUAGACUGGAAUGUGGGGUGAAAUAGGAUAUCACUUAGUUGAGUGGAUCUUUUCUAUGGAAAGUGAAGAGAAUUAUGACCUACCUAGUUUUUAAAUUUGUGAAGAUGAAAAUUUGAAAUGGAUUUCAUUUUGAAACUGGUGAGAAAAAUAUAAGAAUCACAAAUAUUAAAAUUUUGUUUUACCAUCGAUUUUUCCUACAUAUUUAUAUCUGUAAUUUGUUGAAAUUGCAGUAGAGUUUAAAUAGAUGGCAUAAUGUACGACACUCCUCAGCUGUAUGAUUAGAUUCUUCAAACUAGUUCUUAGUUGCAUAAAACAAAACUAAGGAAAUAGCAUAAAAUCACAUUUCUACUAUGAUAAUAAGUAAAUGAAUUUAGUGUUACAGAAUUGGAUAGCUAUAUGGGACAGCUAGUUUCUCAACCUCUUUUCUUCUCUGUGCAGUUUCAUUUACAUGUACUCUUGAUAUCUUUACCUAUGAUAAUUGUAUAUCUAUCUUUAUCUGGGUAUAUUCUGAAUUACAGCCAGAAACAACGGGAGUGUCUUUGUUGUCAAAAUUCAGCCUUUUUUGUUGUAAAUGGAAGUAUGCAUGUGCGAAUGAUGAACUAGAAUAAAAUAGUUCAAGAUUUUGCAAACCAACUUUGUAACCAUUUGUUUUCUUGGACCCUUUAUUCAGUGUAAAUUUUAUCGACAGCAAUUAGGUGUUAUCACUGAAAGGGAUAAGUGUCUACUAUGUUUCAGUAUUAUUUUGAAUUUUAAAACAUAAAUAUAAUAAGUAUACUGUUUUUUAUGUUAACUUUCUUUUAUGAUGAUAAUUUAUUUUUAUGUAUGGUAAUUGUGCAUUUAUAACAUUACUCCCUGUGGAAAAAAUACAUAUAUAAGAUAUGUGUGUGUGUG